GAAACUAUGCAAUCUUUUUAUACGAUCAAUACUCGAGCUUAAACGGAUGAGAAGAUAUUUUAAAAUUUAAUAUUCGUAUUAUUCUCAUUCUAAUUUUCUCUUUUCCCUUGCAGUAUUGCGCCGCUGGCCAACGGAAUCGUGCGAAAGCGAAUGGCGGGCCCGAACGAUGCCGAAGUUCAAGCGUAUCGGCUGCUGUCCUGUGAUUCCCAUGCUGCUAAAGUGGUGCCCAAGUUCCUGGGGGUGCACCAGAUCGAUGGAGAGCACUUUAUCGAGCUGCAAGAUCUGCUGCACGGUUUUCAGGAUCCGAACGUGAUGGACAUCAAGAUGGGUUUCCGAACAUUUUGCGAGAACGAAGUGACGAAUACCACCCUCCGGGAAGAUCUGUACCGCAAAAUGGUGGCCGUGGAUCCCAGUGCCCUGACGGAGGAAGAAAAUGAAAGGAAAGCCAUCACCAAAUUGCGUUAUAUGUUGUUCCGGGAAAAUAUGUCCUCAUCGCAGGAGAAGGGUUUUCGGAUAGAGGCGCUCAAAAAGCGGGGCUGUGAGCCAGUGACGGAUAUGAAAACUGUAAAAUCCGGACAGGCCAUCCAGCACACCAUUCGAGGGUUCGUUAACGAGCGGAGGAAUGUGGCCAAGGACAUUCUGAAGCGGUUGAAGCAAAUGCGAUCGAACAUUGAGAAGUCGGAAUUCUUCCAGCGCCAUCAAGUGGUUGGAAGCAGCAUUUUUAUCGUUUACGACGACCAAAAAGUUGGUGUGUGGUUGAUUGAUUUUGCCAAAUCGCUCCCGUUACCAGAAGGCGUCAAAAUAGACCAUCGAAGGCGUUGGGUACUGGGAAACUGCGAAGAAGGAUUGCUUUUUGGUUUCGACGAGCUGAUACGAACCAUGGAAGACACCUGUCGGUCUCUGCAACGUCGAUGAUACUGCGACCAAUUUGAAAAAAGGAACAUCUUAAAACUAGUCAAUUGUCGUGUCAACUGGGGGAAAAAUCGAAUAUUCGAAACCACUACAAGACUGACUUUAUUGGCUGCAGCCAAUAAUGCUUUACUAGAUGCUAAAAAACAAGCGAUUGUUCUAGUUAGUGAAAAGUGUAAAUAAUAAGCCGAAUUCAAACAAGGAUAUCUCACUUAAAAUCUAACACGAAUAUUUACUUAAUGCUUCCAUGCAAAACAUUGCUGGACAAAUUUUCCAUAUUGGAAAAUAGGCUAACAAAAUUAGUGACACUUCAAGUGCAGGGUUUAAGUAAAUAGUUUUAAUAGCGAAAAAGCUUCUCAAGCAACUCGGAACGUGCAGGGCAGGUCAGAUAUUUGUGAUAAAGUGCGCCGAUCUAGAUAAUCAGAUAAAAUUUUGUUAUGCACAUCAAGAUAUUUUCUUCGACCAUUAAACAACAAAAAACACACCAAACGCAAAAUAAGCAGGAAUUUGUGAAGACUUGUCGAAAAUGGUGUACAGUUAUCUCAAAUCAAACGAAAUCUUGUAGUAAAUAAUUGUGUAAAAUCUUAAUAUUUGUUAUUUAUAUGCAUGAAUACAGCAAUUAGUUCGUAAGGCUAUCUACAACCGAAUGUUGUGAAAAAUAAAAUAAAAGUUAUUCA